AUGAAUCUUCGCUGCACAAUGAAUCUCAACAGAUUCAUUUUUCUGCUGAUCCUUCAGGGGUUGGUAGUGGUGCUCUUCUAUGGAUGGUAUGUUCAUCACAAACCACCUGACACUCCUCCUUCCAGCGGUAAAGUUCAUGUUCUGGUGCUGUCGUCAUGGCGAUCGGGCUCAUCCUUCAUGGGUCAGGUAUUCAGUCAGCACCCGUCUGUCUUCUAUCUCAUGGAGCCUGCUUGGCAUGUGUGGUCCACAGUAAAGUCACCGACUGCACGACUGCUUCGGAUGGCUGUGAGGGAUCUAAUGCGGAGUAUAUUCCAGUGUGACUUCUCAGUAAUGGAUUCCUACCUGCCAGAACAACACAAUGUGUCCUCUUUGUUCAUGUGGAGUCACAGUCGAGCACUGUGUUCCCCGCCUGCCUGUCCCCUCACACCACGCAACCAGAUGAGCAGUGAACCUCAGUGCUUCCAGAAAUGUGAUGCUCGAGGCCUGCAGAAGGUGGAAGAGGCCUGUGGCACGUACAGUCAUGUGGUGUUAAAAGAAGUGCGAUUUUUGGAGCUGGAAUCCCUUUACCCUCUUUUGCAGGACCCAAACAUGGAUCUCCGCAUCAUCCAUCUGGUCCGAGACCCCCGGGCCGUGUUGAAGUCCAGAGAGGAGUCAGCCAAAUAUUUUGAGACAGGUGGCAGUAUUGUUUUGGGGCAGAGAAAGGUGCCAGCUGCUGAGGUGCAGUAUCAGGUCAUGCAGGAGAUCUGCCGCAGCCAUGUACGCAUUAAUGAGAGGGCUGUACUGAAGCCCCCUCCAUUUCUGAAAGGACGCUACAAACUAGUUCGCUAUGAGGAUGUGGCACGCAACCCACUUAAGGAGGUUAAUGACAUUUAUGAGUUUGUAGGUUUAGGGAUGACCCCACAACUGGAGGACUGGAUCUACACAGUCACACAUGGAAAUGGUAAAGGUUCUAGAAAAGAGGCUUUUCAACUUACCUCUCGAAAUGCUACAAACGUCUCCCAGGCUUGGCGCACCAUGCUGCCUUACAGCAAGGUCAAACGUGUUCAGGAAGUGUGUAAAGGAGCCAUGUCACUGCUGGGCUACAAGGCAGUUAAUGGCGAAAAAGAGCAGAAGAGACUUGACAUUGAUCUGCUGGUUCCUCAAGAACCAUAUCAGUUCAGCUGGGUAUCAACAAAAAAAGAGCAUAAAAGUAAAAGAUAAAAGAUAGACGAAAACUUAUCAGCAACUGACUACAGAGGACUGAAU